UCUGAAAAUUUCAUUUUUCUAACUUACAACAACCAGCAAUACCUAGUUCCAAAUUUUUUCGUUGUAAAAUUAUGAUCUUUUUCUCACUUAGGAGAAUUUUUACAGACGACACUUUGAAUUAGGAUUGCGUGAUUUCUACACUUUGGCACUAACGUAUUAGGUCAAAGUGGUAUUUUUAACUUGUUGAAAUCCAUGCUCUAGCAGUGUGGAUUUCUAUAAGAGUUAAUACCUUGAACAGUGCUUUUACGAAGCUUUUUGGGUUCAAGAGCAGAUCUCAUUAUUAUUAUGUAUUUCAGAGAGUUAGAAUUAAUAUUUAAUUUUUUAACCUACUGAAUAUAAGUUAAAGGACCUAGACCGUGUGGGAGGUUCGGAAACUUAAUUUUUACUCCAUUCUUAAGAAUUUUAAUUUCGCAAGCAGACUAAAACUUAAGCUCCUUAGUUGGAUUUCAAGAUGCAAUCGUGGGAUUACAUUUGGUUAGGAGGUCGAAAUUUUAAUUUUCAGUCUGUAUUGAAAAGAGUAAAAUUUUAAGUCCUGUGGAGGGUCGCCAAUAUGUUAUAUAUAGAUCUAGAAAGAUCAUCUAAUGUGGUGUAGGUAGGAUUGACUGCUAUAAGGGUUAAUCUGAUCCUAUCUACAUACGAAAUAAUACCACUGCUCAUAUUUAGAUGGCCCUGAGAAUAUGAGUGGUGAUCAAUUCUAGUCUAUAUUACACAGAAAUACACAAUAAACGAACAUAUGACACUUUACUGUGUACGAAGUUUAUUCAAAAUAACCUUUCUAGUAAUAUUUACAGGCAACUUAACAUAUCAUACAUAUGUCAUGAAUAUUAUAAAUAUAGUAUGGUUAGAUUGAUAUAAUUAACACCAAUAAGAAAUAUUAAUAUUAACUACAGAGAAUUAAGGCAAUGAUACAUGGCAUUGAAACCAAGAGUAUACCUACCUCAAUAGAUAUGCUCUAGAAAUUGGCGAAGAGAUACAAGUUCAUUGGCAGGUUGCAUGCCGAAGCAUACAAUCUACGACACCAGUCUUCAUCAAUUAACUAGGAUGUAAUUCUAAUUAAUUCAGUGGAGGCACCACCAUGUAAGUUUGUACUUACCAAGCGAUAGGGCAAUGAUAUUAACCAGGUACCGAUCAUUGCGGCUGUUUUGAACUACAUAUAGCGAUGAUAUUAAUCAGGUACCGAUCAUUGCGGCUGUUAGCGAUAGGGCGAUGAUAGGAAUGGAGCCAGAUGCAAUCUGCGACUUGCACCCGCAUACCAUUAAGAAAGCGGAUAAAUAAACUAAUUAAACCCAAAGCGCGAUUGGGGUAUACCGAUAAAUACACGUUCGCCCACUAACAUCUAACUCUCUAUAUGCCCGCGGAUGCAUAUAGAGAAACUCAGUACCGACUCCGGAUGUAAUACGCGGCACCGAGUACUUGAUGUCUGCUCCGAUGUAAUCCCAGACACCAAGUGAGAACCGCGGCAAAGUCCAAGUAGCUCAAUGCCCUAUGUCCUUGAGGUCACCUUCCGUAAAUAGCGGCAUAAUACAAAGAGAAAUAGGGUAGGGAUCAAUGCACAGAGAAUAGUAGUUCCCACGUUGGUAGAGGUUCUCCCUACUCUAGACAUAAAUACGUCAUAGCGACGGGAUCACCCUCUUAAGGCAUCAUUCCAUUAAUUAUCCACCUACAAGGUGAAGGCAUAUUCCACUAUAUCACACUUCCCCAUCUAAACCUAUGUUAAAGUCUUAUAUAAUUAGAAUUUUAUUCUGAGUAGCAGGACCUCUGGAACUGAAAUGUUGCUUUUGUUUUACCUCUAUAAGUGAAAUUCCCCUCCUUACCUCGUUAACUGGAACGAAUUCCACUUCUGGAGGUGCUGUUAUGAUAAAUGUUUCAGUUAUAGAGGUAAGAAGGAAAAGAAUUUCACUUAUAGAGGUAAAACGAAAGCAACAUUUCAGUUCCAGAAGUUCUGCUACUCAAAACAAAAUUCCACUUACAUAGGUUCUGUUUCCAUUUAAAGAAGUGACUUUAACAGGGGUUUACAUAGGGAAGUGCUAGGGAAACGAAUUUUAUUCCACUUAUAGAGGUUUUCCACUUACAUGGGUUCCACUUAUCCAAGUUUGACUGUACUGUGAAUUCUUGGGAAAUGUGAACUUUAUUUUGAAUUUGAAUAACUGUUCCAAUUGGAAAUUAAAAAAUCUGAAAUUUCACUUUGAUUUUGAGGUCUGCUAUUAAUAAUAUAAGUAUAAAUAAGUAUGUCAGUUUUACAAAACUAUUUUCUGUGGUCAAAAUUUUCAGAAAUCCUUGCUUUUAUAUUUCAAAUUUUCCAAAAGUAUUCAGUCACUUACCAAAAUGUUUAAAAAUUUUACUUUUCAGUUUUCGUCUUGAGAUUAUUAUGACAAAAAAUCUAGAACUUGAAACGUAAUGUUUCUAUACUUUUAACGUAAUAGUAAGAACCUAUAUUCAAUCAAGUCAUAAUGUGUCAUUUUGAAUUUUAUUUUACCUAUUUUGAACUUUUUCCCCACAUUUCUGGCUCGAAUUUGACUUUCAAAAGUCAGCUAAACUAGAAAAAUGCACUUUAGCGCCUGAAAUUUUGUCUGGUGAUAUAGUUUGCACGCCGUUCCGGUCUAGAUUUGUUGGCUUUAAUUUAAAUUUUGAAUUUCAUUAGGUUAUGUUUAGCCACAUCAAAUGAAGAAGGGAUAAGAGAAAUAAAAAUAUAGACUCAGGCUGGAUGAUUCACCUAGCUCUCUCUAAUAUACUUACGGUCUUCGCAUUGCCAUUUUCUGCGAUUCAUUUACACGCUGAAUAUUCUGGAAGAAUAUUUUUCUAUCAGGAAUUACCUUGAAGAAUUCUAGCAAUAAAAUUUGUAGAUACCUAUACAUUGUACGUACAUAGACAUACCAAUGCAAGAACUCAAAAGUUACUCUAUUUAAAGUAUGAAGGUCAAAGCUGGUAUGUACUUCUAGGAAAUUGAUUAGAUACAACUUUGUAGCCUACAUACGUACUACAUGCAAUUAGCAAUGGUGAAACUAAGGAAUAUAUGUAUACAAUGUAUAAGUGGUCGAAAAAUUAGCCUACCUAUUUAAGUAGUUUAUUCUAAAACAUAAACCAUAAAGUACCUAAUAACUUCUCAUAAAACAUUUAUGAUGCUAAUGUAUUUGGAUUUUUAAAAACAAAACUGUGUAUAACUAUUUCGUUAAAUGGCUGGGCUGAAAUUGAUUCGAAACAUCAACAAACGCAACGUGCUUUUUUCAACUUUUUUCGCUUUAUUCGUUGUAUAUUUCCUGUAUCCGAGAGAAGUCUUGGACGCACCACUAGAACCUCCACUUUCAAAUAUAAUCAACAAGGGAGCGUCUUCGUCUAAACACACUCUAUGUGUACUGGUGCCAUUUCGAAAUGUUUUUGGAGAACUCAUGGAUUUUAUACCUCAUAUGAAUGCAUUUUUGAAACGUCAGAAGAUCAAGUUUUAUUUCAUCAUUGUUCAUCAUGUUUCUGAUGGGAAUCAAUUCAAUAGAGGAUCUACGUUCAACGCAGGGGUUCAAUUCAUUACAGAAGAUUUCCAAGACUGUGAUUACUUGGCUCUUCACGAUAUAGAUCUAUUACCUUUGAGCGACGAUAUUUCAUACGCUUACCCGGGAGAUACUGUACUUCAUAUGAAGAAAGUUGACAACACUAUUAGCGGUUUUGAAUACGAUCCUCUGAUUUUUGCUGGUGGAAUUUUAUUGAUAUCGAUCGAACAAUACACUCGUGUGAACGGAUUCAGUAAUCGUUUUUGGGGAUGCGAAGGAGAGGAUAUAAAUUUUGACUAUCGUUUGAGUAACAAUUCUGUGACGAAAACUCAUCCAAUUAAUCUCAGCACGGGUGACAACGAUACGUUCAAGUGGAUUCAUUCGCCGAAUCGUGCUAAAGAUCAUUAUAUACAUUGUGCUGCUAGCGAUGUAGACGAAAUCAAAAAACACGAUUCUGAAACGGGAUUACACGACGUGAAAUAUAAGCUCGUAUCUGUGCGAUAUUUUGAUAUGAAUGAAAUUCCAUUUACUAUGUAUAAUAUUAAAAUAACGUGUAAUGUAACGGAAACACCGUGGUGUAAACCUAAUAUAUAUUGAAAAAAAUCAUAAGCUCGAAGGUAAAGUCGAUACCUACUUACCUGAUGUAGAUUUUGUAUCAAUAUUUUACUCUCAAUCUGAAAUAAAAUUUGCCACGUUAUGUUACUCGGA